AUGACGCAGACAGAGGUUGAUGAGUACGAGAUGGGCGGGGGCCCUGGUGCGCCGACGCCGCUGUCGGCCCUCGUUGGCGUCGCUGGCCUGACCGAUCGGGACAUCAAGCUUGUGGCCGAUGGCGGUUAUCACACUGUCGAAUCGAUUGCCUACACCCCAAAGAAAGCCCUUGAGCAGAUCAAAGGCAUCUCGGAAGCGAAGGCGACGAAGUUGCUGCUUGAAGCCUCGAGAAUGGUACCUAUGGGCUUCACAACGGCAACGGAGAUGCAUCAACGCCGUAGCGAGCUCAUUGCUAUCACGACAGGGUCCAAACAACUCGACCGAUUGCUCGGUGGUGGCAUUGAGACUGGCUCGAUUACCGAGAUCUUCGGCGAGUUCAGGACGGGAAAGAGUCAGAUAUGUCACACACUUGCCGUGACUUGUCAGUUGCCGUUCGAUAUGGGUGGUGGCGAGGGCAAGUGUCUGUACAUUGACACCGAGGGUACAUUCAGACCGGUCCGAUUGCUUUCCGUUGCCCAACGAUAUGGACUAGAGGGCGAGGAAGUGCUCGACAACGUGGCCUACGCCAGGGCAUACAACUCAGAACAUCAGUUGCAGCUCCUACAGCAAGCUUCGCAAAUGAUGUGCGAAACUCGAUUCUCGCUCCUCAUCGUGGACUCGGCGACAUCAUUGUAUCGAACUGACUACAAUGGACGCGGCGAGCUGUCCUCACGGCAGUCUCAUAUGGCAAAGUUCAUGCGAAUGCUCCAACGCCUGGCAGAUGAGUUCGGUGUCGCAGUUGUCAUCACUAAUCAGGUGGUCGCACAAGUCGAUGGAGGACCAAGUGCAAUGUUCAACCCUGACCCAAAGAAGCCGAUUGGUGGCAACAUCAUCGCUCACGCCAGUACGACGCGUCUAAGUCUCAAAAAGGGCCGGGGAGAAACGCGAAUCUGCAAGAUCUAUGACAGUCCCUGCCUCCCUGAGGGUGACACACUGUUCGCGAUCUAUGAGCAUGGUAUUGAUGACCCCAAGGAGAAGGAGGCGGAGAAGGAGUGA